AUUACUCGUCAUUUACUUGUGUACUCUACUAAAUCUGUGUGUCUCUAUGCCCUAACUUUUUGUGGUUACGGUUAAUUAAUUUUUAUACUACGAAUUCUUAUUCCAGUUAAUAAAAUUAUUUCUAAAUAUGGGCGAUAAUACUGAUUUUGAACCACUAGAGCCUUCUUUGAAGAAUGUCAUCGAACAAAAAUCAUUGCGUUGGAUUUUUGUUGGUGGUAAAGGAGGUGUUGGUAAAACUACGUGCAGUUGUAGUUUGGCAGUACAGCUUUCCAAAGUGCGAGAAUCAGUUCUCAUAAUAUCUACAGAUCCAGCACACAACAUUUCUGAUGCCUUUGAUCAAAAGUUUUCAAAGGUACCAACUAAAGUAAAGGGCUUUGAAAAUCUUUUUGCUAUGGAAAUUGAUCCAAAUGUUGGAUUAACCGAAUUACCUGAAGAAUAUUUCGAAGGAGAAGCAGAGGCAAUGAGAUUGGGUAAAGGUGUGAUGCAGGAAAUUGUUGGGGCAUUCCCAGGAAUAGAUGAGGCUAUGAGUUAUGCUGAGGUUAUGAAAUUAGUAAAAGGCAUGAACUUCAGUGCUGUGGUGUUUGACACUGCACCAACAGGACACACUUUACGUUUACUGUCAUUCCCUCAAGUUGUAGAGAAAGGGCUUGGUAAACUAAUGCUCUUGAAAUCCAAGGUAGCACCAUUCAUCAACCAAGUUGCAUCUCUAUUUGGCAUGGCAGACUUUAAUUCAGACAUGUUUAGCAAUAAAAUGGAUGAAAUGCUAUCUAUCAUACGACAAGUGAACACUCAGUUCAAAGAUCCCAAUCAGACAACUUUUGUGUGUGUUUGUAUAGCUGAAUUUCUGUCUUUGUAUGAAACAGAGAGACUUGUUCAGGAACUUACUAGGUGUGGCAUUGAUACACACAAUAUUAUUGUUAAUCAACUUUUAUUGAAGGCUUCUGCGCCAUGUGAACUAUGUGCAGCGAGGCAUAAAGUGCAAGAGAAAUAUCUUGAACAAAUAGCAGAUUUGUAUGAAGACUUUCACGUCACAAAAUUACCACUUUUAGAUAAAGAGGUCAGGGGUGCUGAUGCUGUUAAUUCUUUCUCGGAAUAUUUGCUUAACCCUUAUAAGCCGUCAUCUCCAUAAUAAAAUCCUUUAUUGCAAAAUGUUUUAAAUACUCUAUAUUGAAUAGUAUGUAACAAAAACAAUAUAUUGUAAUAAUUUAAACAAAAGACUGCAGGCUUCUGAACUGCAUUUUAUAAUGAUUGACAUCAUGGGAGAUAGAUAAAUUUCAAUUCUAUAAUUUUUUUUAAACAUUAAUAGUUUUCAAAAGAAAUAGGCAGUAUUUUUUUUUCUACAUAAUAUGUAUAUUGUAGGUUAAAUCUAAUGUCAAGAAAUUAAAUUCCAGUGCCUGACAGCUAUAUUAAAUACACACAUAAUUUUUUAUUAGUUUUAAAUAUUAAUUGAACUUAGAUGAUUGCUAGAAUUAGAAGAUUCAUAUGUCGAUACUAGGAAAUAGGAAUACUGACUUCGUAAUACAAUCCCAUAUUAUUUCUGGCGUUUUUUUGCUGUAUUUAUUAUGAAAACGUAAUUUAUAUUUGUAUAAUUAAAAUAUUGUUGAAUA